AUGCUUCUGAAAUCCCGAUUCUUGCAUUUCCCUACUGCUUUUUCUCCCAAUUUCCGUUCAGUUUCUGCUCCUGUAAUUAGAAUUACCAAGUUCCGAUCGCAAAUGGGAUCAUCGUCUGGUUCUUCGUCAAAAUUGAUUUUCCGCCAGCUCUUUGAGAAGGAAUCUUCUACUUACACUUACCUUCUUGCUGAUGCUUCUCAUCCUGAUAAACCAGCCCUGUUGGUUGAUCCUGUUGACAAGACAGUGGAUAGGGAUCUUUCUCUUGUGAAAGAAUUGGGUUUGAAGCUUCUAUACGCAAUAAAUACUCAUGUACAUGCUGAUCAUGUCACUGGAACUGGUUUGAUUAAGAGUAAGGCACCCGGAGUGAAAUCUAUUAUUUCCAAAGCAAGUAAUGCAAAAGCUGAUCUUUUCGUUGAACCUGGUGAUAAAAUACGUUUCGGUGAUCUCUUCCUGGAGGUUCGUUCUACCCCUGGUCACACCCUAGGUUGUGUUACCUAUGUCACUGGAGAUGGACAUAAUCAGCCUCAACCAAGAAUAGCUUUCACUGGCGAUGCUUUGAUGAUACGUGGAUGUGGCAGAACAGAUUUUCAGGGCGGAAGUUCUGAGCAGUUAUACAAGUCUGUUCAUUCACAGAUCUUUUCUUUGCCUAAAGAAACAUUGGUGUAUCCUGCUCAUGAUUACAAGGGAUUCUCUGUUAGUACUGUGGGAGAGGAAAUGCUGUAUAAUCCCCGUCUGACAAAAGAUGAGGAAACGUUUAAAAAUAUCAUGGCAAAUUUGAACUUGUCGUAUCCAAAGAUGAUCGAUGUAGCUGUCCCUGCUAACAUGGACACCACACAUUCCCUUGAGAAGAGGAUAACAAAAACAGUUCUUCACUGGUACUUCACAGAAAGGAAAGAAAAUAUGCCAUUGACGCUUCUCCAUUCUCCUAAGCACCACCACCACCAACCAAUACCAGCACUUUACACUCCUACCUGCAAUUCCCUAUCAAACUUUCUGGCUGUGAAGCAAAAAAAUGCAGCAACAAAGUUAAGAAUGACGCCAGUGCCACCGACAUAUCACAGGUGGAGAUCAUUUCCGGCAGCUCCCGCCACUCAGCACCACCGCGCAAUUUCAGCCUCGAUUUCGCCUCUCGAUUUGACAGAGGAUAACAUUAAGCAGGUCUUAGACGAUGCUCGAGUUGAGGCAACACAACUCUUUGAUUCUUCAGUGGGCAUAACAGGAAAAGCAGAACUUGCUGAUCUGGAUGGACCCUAUGUGAAGAUCAGACUUGGGGGCAAAUUUUGGCAUAAACGUUCAACUGUGUUGGCCAGGCUUGGCAAUUACUUGAAGCAGAGGAUCCCUGAAAUCUUGGAGGUAGAUAUAGAAGAUGAAAAGCAGUUGGAUGAUAGCCCUGAAAACUUUUGA